AUGGAAACAGGCGGCGGCAGACAGGUCCUCAUAGCGGGGGCUGGUCAAGGAUACGUCGCGAAGACAGCUCAAGUCACGACUCCAAAAAAUGAUGGAGAGAACGAUGUGAUUUUGUCAAAGGGGGAGCUUGAUGCAGGACAGCAUACUUAUAUUUCGAUUACGGAAACUCCGCCAUCGCCAGCGUCUAGCGCUGAUGCCUUCUUGGAAGAAAUCGCCGACCUCUGCAAUUGCCUGCCGCAGGAUAUCGAGGAUGUGUACCCCUGUACAGCAUUACAGGAGGGGAUGAUGGCCAUGACAACCAAAAGCCCCAUGUCGUAUACAGUCGUCCACGAAUACCGCGUCCCACCCAGCAUCAAGCCGUUUCAGCUGCAAGAAGCCUGGAACCGAACGGCGCAUGCCAACCCGGCCCUCAGAACCCGCAUUGUGCUCACCCAGACCCAGGGGUGCGUUCAGGCGGUGCUUCGGGGUAAUGUGGCAUGGAGAGAGAUCUCCGCAGAAGACGACGAUAUCUUGUCUGACGAUAUGCAGAGCUUGGCAUGGAGAAUGGGAGGACAGCUAGCAUAUCUGACCCUGAACCUCCCCCGACAUGUCCUGCAGGUCUGCUUGCAUCAUUCCAUCUGUGAUGCAUGGUCUAUUGGACCGCUUUUGCGUCAGGUUGAGGCCGCCUACCGGGGGGAAAGUCUUAUGUUUCGGCCAUUUAGACCCCUGGUAGAGUACAUCGAGGCAACUCGCGAGCAAGCCACGGCGUUCUGGAAGGCGGAGUUACAGGACGCUCAUCUUGCAUCCAUGUCCUCCUACCCGCCUCUGCCCUCCCCCGAGUAUACCUCCCAGCCAUCCAAGUCACUGUUUCACACCUUUCGCAUAGAGGCGGGUACUACCGCCGGCUUCCCCGUCAACACAAAAAUGCGCCUCGCGUGGGCAGUGCUUCAAAGCUUCUAUACCGGCACGGACGAUGUCCUUUUCGGUGCCAUCAACGUUGGUCGGAGCGUGCCGGUGCCGGGGGUAGAGGAGAUGUUUGGGCCUGCUUUGACGAGCGUCCCAGUGCGGAUUCGUCUGAGCUCCCAGCAUACCAUAGCAGAAGCCCUUCAGAUGGUCCAGCAUCAAUGGGCUACAAGCAUGGAGUUCGAACAUAUAGGUCUGCAAAAGCUGCUGCAUAUGGGACCCGGUCCAGAAGCAGCUUGUCGCUUUCAAACGCUGAUGUCGGUGGAGCCUCGCAAUGGCCACCAGCUUCCUGAAUUCUUCACACCGCACAAAUCCAUCCAGAAAACGCAAGAGCUCUACCCACUUGUCUUACGGUGCAAGCCUUCCGAUACCACGAUAGAAGUCGAGGCUUUAGUUGACCCUGGGGUGGUUAGCCCUCUGCAGGCCGAGCGAAUACUCGGUCAGCUUGGCCGGGUAUAUGAGCAGAUUGAGAAGGAACCGUCAACCAUCAUCGGGGAAAUUGACCCAGUCAGUCAAGAGGAUCGGGCAGAACUUCUUCUCCGAAACAUCUCAGUGGAUCAUUCCACAGCAGCAUGUGUGCAUGACCUGAUCUCGCGACGCGCCCAGGUCCAACCGACCGCACCUGCCAUCAGUGCCUGGGACGGUGAGCUGUCAUACCGGGAACUUGAUGACCUUUCAUCGAUUGUCGCUUCUCGCCUGUCGGGAUUCAAUAUCCGACCGGGCAUGUUUGUCCCACUACUCGUGGAGAAGUCCAAAUGGGUACCGGUUGCCAUGAUCGCAGUUUUGAAAGCGGGGGGCGCAUUUGUCCUGCUAGAGAAAUCGUACCCAGUACCCCGUCUGCAGCAAAUGUGUCAGGCUCUAAGUGCGACUUUAGUCGUGAGCUCCGAGGCCCAUUUAGACUUGGCGGCCCAGCUGGGGGUGCCCUCGACUCUGGUCGUGGAUGGACAGGUCGAUGACCAGAGCGAGCUGAUUGCCCUUCCACCGAUCAUCAGCCCCGAGGACCCAAUGUAUGUUACCUUCACUUCGGGCUCGACAGGGGCACCCAAGGGCGUGAUUAACCAUCAUGCUGGGUAUGCAUCCAGCGCCCUGGCUCACGGUGAGCCAUAUCACUUCACCCCUCAGUCUCGCGUGUUGCAAUUUGCAUCUCCAGCAUUUGAUUCCUGUAUCAUUGAACACCUCAGCACACUCAUUAUGGGAGGGUGCGUGUGCAUACCAACUGCACCUGACUGUCUGAGUAACCUGGUCGGAGCUAUACAAGAGUUCAACGUCAAUGUUGCCUGCCUCACCCCGAGUGUCACCAGAAUCCUCACCCCGGGUAGUGUGCCUAGCCUUCAGGUACUGGCUUUUGUUGGGGAAGCAGUCCUUGCUAGUGACAUUGCUCGUUGGAAACCGUACGUCGAUGUUCGCAACGCAUACGGGCCAGCAGAGUGCUCGGCCGUGUUCAGUGUGCAGCCACAGCUCCAGGAGAAUGAUCCCACAAACAUCGGGUUUCCAACUGGCUGCAUAGGCUGGGUUGUACACCCUAAGGACCAUAGCAGACUGAUGCCCCUCGGAUGCCCAGGAGAGCUGAUCAUCGAAGGUCCCACCGUGGGGUAUGGCUACAUUUCCAAUCCCGAACAAACCGAUCUGGUUUUCAUUCAGGCUCCCGGAUGGCGUCAGGGCUUCCCAUCCUCUUCUGCCGGACACAUGUAUAAGACCGGAGAUUUGGUGGAGUGUAAGGAGGACGGGAGCUUCCGGUACUUGGGUCGAAAGGACACCCAGGUCAAGCUGCACGGCCAGCGCUUGGAGCUGGGUGAAGUUGAGCACCACGUGUGUCAGUUGUUCCCUGGGGCACAGCAAGUGGUUGUGGAAAUGCUUCGGUCCUCUCCAGACCAGGUCCAGACCGACCAUCGACCAGAAAGCAUUCUGGCUGCAUUUGUCCGUCAGGGGUCAUCAGAGUCAUCAAACGAGACACGAGAGAAAAACGCGUCAAGCAACUCCUGUUUGUUCUUGCCCUCAGCCCUAGACUUCCGAGUGGCAUGUACGACUGCCGAAACUCGCCUGGCUGAAGUGUUGCCUCCCUUCAUGGUCCCAGCUGUCUUCCUACCGAUUGCAAGCGUGCCUCUCACUCCGUCGGGGAAAACGAACCGUCGUCAACUUCGUGAGGAGGCCUGCAUGUUGUCAUGGGAGAAGGUGCAGGGCUAUCGCAUAUUAGCAGAGCAACCUCAACGCCCUUCGAACGAAUGUGAGGAUCGGCUGCGGCAGAUCUGGGCGGAAUGUCUGAAUCGGCCUGUGGAGGAGAUCAGCACCUCUACUAGCUUCUUCCGCUUGGGGGGAGACUCAGUCAGCGCAAUGCAGGCUGCAAAUAGCUGCCGAAUGGCGGGCUGGUCGGUGACGGUGGGCGACAUGUUCCGAUAUCCGACCAUCACCAAGCUCGCCGAACGGAUGCAGGAGCUGGGCAGACCGCAGCACCUGUCUCCCAGCCUCCAGGAAGAUCCGACCAACAAGCUGUUCCGGCUCUCGCCUGUUCAAAAAAUGCUCUUCGACUAUGAUCCGAAGGGCAACAACAGGUUUACGCAGCAAUUCCUUCUGCGAGUUACUCGCUCGAUCUCCGCUUCUACCCUUCAAGGGGCAAUCCAGGCAAUAGUCUCCCGGCACUCGAUGCUGCGUGCUCGGUUUAUGAGGGAUAAAAGUGGUCAGUGGGCCCAGAUGGUUUCAUCAGACACUGGUGGUUCAGUCAAGCUUUCUGAGUAUUUCCUGCCAUCCCUCCAUGAUGAGGAAGGGCUGCGUCGGAUACUGGAUGCGAGCCAGGCCUGCUUGGACAUUGUGCAAGGGCCCCUGGCUGCCGUCGACCUCAUUACAACAGAGCGUGGGUCGCAGUAUUUGAGUAUUAUGGCUCAUCACUUGGUUAUUGAUUAUGUUUCAUGGAGAGUGAUUCUGCAAGACCUCGAGGAUAUCCUCGCGACCGGCGUACCGCUGCAACCGCCCUCUAUCCCCUUCCAACAAUGGUGCCAGCUGCAGCAGACAUACGCUGAAGAGUCAUUGGAUCCGAAAACAGCGUUGUCUUCAAACAUUCCAACCGCUCAGGUUGACUACUGGGGUCUAGGAAAUGCGCAGAAUACAUGGGCCGACGUGGUACAUGAAUCGAUCAAGGUGUCUCAGGAUGCUACACAGGCGCUUCUCGGGCUUGCAAACGAUGCUUUCCAUACCAGGCCUGUCGAACUCAUUCAGGCGGCAAUUCUCUAUGCCUUUGUUCAAAUUUUUGAUGACCGCCAGGCACCUGCAAUUUUCAACGAAGGCCAUGGACGGGAGCCGUGGGAUGCCACAAUUGAUAUUUCACGGACUGUGGGCUGGUUUACCACCAUGGCGCCUCUUUUUGUCGAUGCUCAUAAGGGACAAGGAAUUACCGAGCUGCUACAGCUCAUCAAGAGUGGUCGCCGAUCGAUGCCGUCCAACGGAUGGGCUUACUUCGCCUCGCGGUAUCUUCACCCGCAGGGCCCAAGUCAUUGCGAGGGCCACGCACCGAUCGAGAUUCUGUUCAACUAUUCAGGACUAUUCCAGCAGCUAGAGAGGCAAGAUGCGAUUCUUCAACUGGCCGUAUCUGCUGACCACGACAUCCUGCCUAUACCUCUAGACUUGCCACGAUUCGCUUUGAUUGACGUGUCUGCAACAGUUACCGACGGCUCCUUUCACCUGAGUUUCGCAUAUCAUCGACACAUGCACCAUGGAGACCGAAUUAUGCAAUGGAUCCAGAAUUGUCGGUCUACACUGGAAGGGCUUCCGCGCCAACUACAAGAUAAAUGCCAAUUCACCGUGCUGGACUUCCCUUUGCUCGCCCUCGAUAACGAUGAGCACCUACAAGUUCUGCUCCAAGACAUAGUUUCUCUGACCGGUGCCGGACUAUCGGAUAUUGAAGAUAUUUACCCUUGCUCACCAGUUCAACUCGGCAUGUGGCUCGGUCAGGUGAAGACUUUGGGGAAAUACUGGUCCCAUAUCCGGUGGUCUGUUGAGCCGAUAGACAGCCAACUAUCAGUACACAUUGAAGAUGUUCAGAGGGCAUGGCAGCAAGUGGUAGACCGCCAUCCUAUUCUGCGAACUAUCUUUGUUGACGAGCAUACGAAGCACGGUCAUCCUGUGCAAGCUGUGCUCGAGUCACUUCGAGCUGAUGUCCAAAUUGUCACAACCCAGGACAUGGGAAUGGAAGAUAAUAUCUCACGUCAGCAAUAUCUCACUGGGAAGGGUUUGCCUUUGCAUCAAUUAACUCUUGCCGUUGGCCCUGGUGGCAGCAUUGUCUGUCAACUCUUCAUCCAUCAUAUGCUGAUGGAUGGCGCCAGUCGCCACAUCAUUUUAGACGAAUUUCACCAGGCUUACGAUGGAAUUCUGAGCAGCAAAUCAACAGCCCCCUAUAGCGCCUACAUAGCUUACAUUCAACAGCAUUCCGGCCAACCGGAGAAGUACUGGACAGAGUACCUGAAUGGUGUCAGCCCCUGCCUAUUUCCUGCACUGGCAGCAACGCAACUGGAGGAAACUCACAUGACCCCACACAUGGUACUAUUCGAGUUUCAGGACGAUGGUAAAAUCCGGUCUUUCUGCCACGAUCAGGGCAUUACAAUAUCCAGCCUCCUGCAAGUGGCGUGGGGCCUGGUGCUCCGAAGCUAUAUUGACUCGGAUUCCGUCGUGUUUGGCUACUUGUCCGCUGGUCGCAACAUUCCUUUGAAAGAUGUCUCCGAUAUUGUCGGACCACUCAUCAGCCUACUUGCCUGUCGUCUGACCUUGAAUAACGAUGCGGACCUCUUGUCGACAGUACUCCAAAAUCAGACAGCUUAUGCGAACAGUAUCGAUAAUCAACAUGGCUCCAUGUCUGAAGUUGUGCACUCUCUUGGUCUCUCGGGUCAACCGUUGUUCAACACCGCCAUGUCGAUCCAGCAUAACGUACCUGAUCAAGUACACGGUGGUGCAUCUGCUGUUGCUGUCAGGAAAGAUGGGGGGAAUGAUUCGACUGAUUAUGAUAUCACUGUCAACAUCACCAUGGAUUCGGUCAGCAUUGAAGGUGACCUUACAUACACCAAUAUAAUCAGCGACACUCAGGCAGAGCUGCUUGCGGAUACAUUACAACACGUCGUCAUGCAGCUCAUAAGCCGUACCGCGUCUCGUGUGGGUGACCUUGACUUACUUAGCGACAAGAACAAAGACCAGAUCUUUCAAUGGAAUCGCUCUCUGCCAGAUCCAGUGAUGCGGUGUAUCCAUCGAAGUAUCCAGGACUACAGCCUGCUACAUCCGAAAGAUUUAGCAGUGGAUGCAUGGGACAACUCUCUCACGUACGAAGAGCUUGAUGUUAUCUCAUCAUCCUGGGCCCAGCAUCUAGCUCAUCAUGGUGUUGGACCAGAGAUGUUCGUUCCGGUCUACUGCGAUCGUUCGAGCUCUGUUGUCGUGGCCGUCCUUGCCAUCUUGAAGGCGGGAGGUGCUUUUGUUCUAUUGGAUCAUUCUCACCCCAAGGAACGACUGCAAGACAUGCUGCAGCGGGACCUUUCUUGCCCGAUCAUAAUAACAUCAGCUGAACAUGCGGAAGCUGCUUCUACCAUUGCGCCGAGGCUAAUCCUUAUCGAGGACAUGUCGGAGCAGCGUCUACCAGGUGUCCAACCACUCGUGGAGCCCUCCCCAUUGAAUGCCGCAUACGCUGUCUUUACCUCCGGUAGUACUGGCAGGCCCAAGGGCUGUGUCAUUGAGCACAAGUCGCUACAUUCUGCAGCCGAAGCACAGAGGAAGGCCUUUCGCAUACAUGCCAAAUCCCGUGUCCUUCAUUUUGCAUCGUAUGCAUUUGACGCCUGUAUCAUCGAGAUUUUCACCACUCUUCUUGCUGGCGGCUGUAUCUGCAUCCCACCCGACAACGAAAGGCACAAUUUACAGGAUAAUAUCCCAAAGUUUCGGAUUAACUGGUCGUUGCUGGUCACAUCAGUGGCCCGCACAUUGAAUCCGAAGGGUGUGUCUCCGUUGGAAACACUUGUGCUCGGCGGCGAGAAAAUGACCGACCAUGAUGUUCGUCGCUGGUCGCCUUAUGUUCAGUUGAUGAAUGCAUACGGUCCAUCAGAGUGUAGCAUGGUCGCACUGAGCCAGGCUGGCUCCCAUGUUCUCUCAACAGAUCCAGCCAACAUUGGCAUCCCAGUUGGCGGCGGCGUUUGGGUAAUGAACCCAGCCAAUCCAAACCAGCUAGUACCAGUGGGCGCCAUCGGAGAGUUACUCGUCGACGGACCGAUUGUGGGGCGAGGCUAUGUUAAUCGUCCCGAAAACAUGACUGCUUCAUUUAUUUCUUAUCCCGACUGGAUGAACGGUAUUCGCAGCCCAGGAAAGAACAAGUUAUACAGAACCGGGGAUCUCGUUCGCCAACUUCCGGACGGGUCGAUCCGUUAUAUUGCCCGACGGGAUCGCCAAGUUAAGCUCAGGGGCCAGCGCAUUGAACUUGCCGAGAUCGAACAUCAUGUUCAACGAUGCUUCCCACAGUGCACUGAUGUGUUUGUCGAUACAGUGAUACCUGAGGCACUUCAAACGGUAUACCUGGUGGCGACAAUUGCUUUGCCUACUCACCAGGAUGAAAGCAAUACCUUCGAGAAGGCCGUGGCGCAGGCGAAGGCUCGUCUGAUUGCGGAGGUGCCGGUCUUUCUCAUCCCCAAUGCCUUCAUACCACUGCACGAUAUCCCGCGUCUCGUCAAUGGAAAGGUAGAUCGACGCAAGGUGUAUCAACAUGCCUCAGACGCCCUGUUGCAGCCAAUCGGUGAACCGAGUGCCAGCCAGAUCGAGUGGGGUCCCGAUAGCCUCCAACCAGAGGAACGGCUGAUGCAAGAUCUAUGGGCAAGUGUGCUCAAACGUCCUAAUAUAACAAUCGGUCCUGAUGAUAACUUCUUCUUACUGGGAGGAGACUCAUUGGCCGCUAUGAGACUGGCCUCUGCCGCUGCCGCCCAGGGUCUUAGACUUGCUGUACCGCAAGUCUUCCUACAUCCCCGGAUGCGAGAUCUUGCGUGCACCAUAUCACGCGACAAGAAGAUGCCAGCCUCACAGAUUGCCUUAACAAAAGAAGUUGAAACUCCAGCCCCAUUUUCGCUUCUUCUGCAGGAGAAGAAAGACGGCAUUCUACAAGACGCCAUCGACCAAUGCAAUAUUUCCUUGUUGCAGAUUCAAGACAUCUAUCCAUGCACGCCCUGGCAGACUGGGCUUGCCUUUUCAACAGCCGCAUCGUAUAUGAAGCAGCAUCGUCUCCGUCUCAGCCAAGAUGUCCAACCGAAUAAAUUACGCACAGCGUGGGAAACCGUUGCAGCGAGCGAUUCCAUCUUGCGAACUCGCCUGGUUGAUACAGGGGACACGGGCUGCAUGCAAGUCGUCGCCAGAUACGAAGGUUUAAAUUGGACCAGCACGAAAACAAAUCCGCCGUUGGUCCUGAUCGAAAGCCCGUGCUUCGGGAAGCCGCUGGUCCACUUUGAAAUUUACUCGCCUGCCGAUAACCGGCCAGUUGACCUUGUGAUCACGAUGCACCCUGCCCUUUUCGAUCCACAUUCAUUCUCGCUCUUAUUAGCCAAGGCUCAGUCUGUCUAUGAUGGGCUUCCCACUAUUGGUCCUGAUCAGUCUGCGUCCUUGGUCAAGCACAUUCAGUCUCAAAAGGAAGCCGCCUUGUCUUUCUGGCGAACUCAGCUAAGUGACGUUGAAACCGACCCAUUCCCCUCGGCACACCCUCAGCCACUCGCGGACGUUUCAUCCAUGCAAAUACAGAUUCAAUCGACGGUGUCAAUACCUAGUCCAACAGAUGGUGUGGAUCGUGCCACCGCUAUCACGCUUGCGUGGGGCCUCGUACAAUCCCAGUAUCAAUGCAGGGACGACGUAGUCUUCGGAAUCAUGUCCGAUAGGUUCAAGGCAUCUAUAUCGAGUGCAGAGGCCCUUACCUUGCCAACAACGGCAAUCGUCCCGUUCCAAAUGUCCGUUGGCGCCAGUUCGAGCGUGUCUCAAGCCAUGGCCAAUAUUGGUCAGCGGCUGGCUGAUCUAGGGCAAUUUGAGCAGCUUGCAUUGCCAGAGAUCGCGGCCUUGAGCUCCGGAGCCAAGAUUGCAUGCUCAUUCCGGACACUUCUGGCUAUUGAAGGGAGCCAUAUUAAAGAAGAAAUCGAUCCAAAAUUCGCCAGAUAUCGUGGAACCGAUGACUUUGUCCAUCCAUAUCCGCUGCAAAUUGUGGUUGGCUUAGAGCCAAACCAGCUAGUCAUCAAGGCCGCGUUUGAUGUGUCUGUCAUUUCGGAAUGGCAAAUGCAGCAUCUGCUUGAUCAGUUCAGCCACAUGCUUCAGCAGGUACAUAGUCAGAACGAGUCCCUCGUGGGAGAUAUUCUAACGGUGAACCCUGGCGAUAUCCAAGAGAUGGAAGCAUGGAACUCCAACGUACCCUCCUCGUCUUCUGAAACUGUGGCAGAUCUGAUUUAUCGCAACUGUCUGGAGCGACCGUUCGCUCCUGCCGUGUGCGCUUGGGACGGAGACUUCUCCUACGAGGAACUGGAGUUCGAGGCAAACCAUCUAGCGAAUAUUCUUGUCGCCUACGGUAUUCGACCCGAGAGUGUUGUUGCUAUAUACUCGGAGCGAUCACGAUGGGUGGCUGUGGCCAUUCUCGCUGUCCUUAAAACACGAGCGGCUUUUGUGCUUUUGGACCCCUCACAUCCGCUGGCUCGCCUUCAGACGAUCUGCUCCGACGUUGAGGCAUCGGUUGUCAUUUCUAAUACAAGCUCUAAGACUAAUGCCAUGAAUCUGGCGCCGAAUGUCGUUUGCGUCGAUGUUCCGGUCAAUGCACUGGACUUGCAGCCGGCGAAGUAUGGCGCAAUUCCCGGUGACCCUCACAAUGCUCUUUACAUCGUCUUUACAUCCGGGUCGACUGGGAAGCCUAAAGGUGUGAUCAUCGAAAACGGAUCAUUUGUGACCAUGGCGAAGUCUUUCAUCGCCAAGACGGGUCUCGGGCCACAUUCCCGAUUGCUACAAAUGUCGGGAUUUGCGUUUGACGUUAGUAUAUUUGAGUAUCUGUUCACAUUGCUUACCGGCGCAUGUGUGUGCAUACCGUCGGAAGCCGAGAGAAUGGAUGCAGUCGGCGAGUCGGUCAAGAGUCUGCAAGCAACCCACGUUGUCAUGACUCCCACGCGUCUUCGAGCUCUGACCCCGGCUGACCUGAGACCCAUGCAUACGGUGAUGCUGAUCGGAGAGACCCUUCGGGCCAGUGACAUAGAACAGUGGACAAAGCAUAUGCGUGUGAUCAAUUUGUAUGGCCCCACGGAAUGUACGGUACUCUUCACCGUUCAACACAUGGUGGAGUCAUCUCGACCCGCGAAUAUCGGUCGGCCCAUAGCUGGCUCAGCAUGGAUAGCCGAUCACCGGGAUCCCCACCGGCCGGUCCCCAUCGGUGCCGUGGGAGAGCUACUUCUGCAAGGCCCUCUCGUCGGUCGGGGGUACAAGAACAACCCCGAAAAAACAGCUGCUGCCUUUAUCCCCUGUCCACCAUGGAUUCAAAGCCUGGGCAGGAAAGGGAAUCCGAGUAAUCUUGCGGUAUACCGAACUGGUGAUUUGGUUCGCUAUGAAGCCGAUGGGACUUUCCACUUCCUUGGAAGAAGAGACUUUCAAGUCAAGUUACGUGGCCAACGAGUCGAGCUGGGCGAAGUUGAGCAGCAGGUACAACAAACCUUCCCCGGUGGCCUGAGAGAUGCUCUUGCCCUGGUCAUCACACCGGCUGCUGCAGUCAAGUCACAAUGCCUGGUUGUCUUCAUUGUUCCGGAAGAUGCUGCACAAGCACCUAGACAACUGCCUUCGCUAAUCCCACCUCUAGCCGUCAUGGGUUCAAGCAAGCUCAGCAAAAAUAUUGGAGUGGCUAAACAGCGUCUUGGGAAUAUCCUCCCGAGUCACAUGGUACCGACAGCUUUUGUUCCCCUUGAAUACCUCCCCAAAACUAGUUCAAGCAAAACCGAUCGACGACAGCUACAAGAGGCAAUCGCCGCCAUAACCUGGCAGCAAUUGGAAGCCUUUAUUCCAACGGUCUUCGAAGACUCUGUCAUAGAUGCAUGCCCUCAGCAAACAGAUAGCGCUCUGGUUAGUGCAGCAGAUGCGAAUGUGGAAGCAAUAUAUCCCUGUACACCUGCGCAGCGUGGCGAAGUCUUCUGCAGGCUUGACAUUAAUGUGAUCAUCGAUGCGACGUCAGAAUCUUUGCUCGAACGCGAUUUAUGCCGCGCGUAUGAUUCGUGCUUGUCCAGGGGGUCUCACAUCGAUGCUUAUCCGGGAUAUCUCGAGUUUGUGAGACAACAACCAAUGAAACCGGCACAGGAUUUCUGGAAGUCCUACCUACAGGGUUACAAGCCCAGCCAUUUGCCUCGCAGCAGGAGCAACUUGGGAAAAGAAUUUGCGAACAGACAGGAGACAUUGGAAGCUACCCUUGAUAACUGCGGGUCAAAGAUUGAGUCUUUCUGCCACGAGAGUGAUUGGACUCCGGCCAACCUAUUGCACAUGGCCUGGGCUUUGGCAUUGAAAGCUUUCACUGGAUCAGAUGACAUCUGCUUUGGCACACUUUCCUCCGGGCGGACGGUCCCAGUGCCUCACAUGGAUGAGGCUGUUGGGCAAUUUGCUAACAUGUCAGUGUGUCGAAUUCGCUUCACGCCAGAUUCGACUUUGGAUGACGCUGCCUUGGAUUUACUGGCACAAUACUAUAAUGUCCUCACAUACCAAUCAUUCCCCCUUGUUGCUAUUGCACGCUCUGUGGGGUUGAUGAUGCAGGAUUUAGCUCCUACCGCUGUCAAUAUCCAAUAUGAACCGCCACAUGCCCCAGACAAUCAGUACUCCCUUCGAAUGCACAAUAUCACUGGCAAGGAUCCUGUCAAUAUCGAUAUCACGCUAUUUAUUGCUCUGCAACGGGACGGACACAUGAAAGUGCUUCUGAAUUACUUUCCUUCGCGGGUGGCGACAAUUCUCAUGACUCAGAUUUUCGAUUACUUCCAACUCGCCAUUUCGAAGAUCAUUGAGUCUCCCCAAGCGCGUAUGAAGGAGAUAGAGCUCUUCAGUGACCGGGAUCAAAGGCGUUUAUGUCAAUGGAACCCGCCAUGUGCAGAGGGUCCCCCUGUUUGCCUGCAUGAAGUUAUCGAGAGUCGGGCUAAAGAACACCCUCAACACCUCGCUAUCGUGGGCUGGGAUGGACAACUCACCUACGAGGAGCUGGAUCGAGCAGCUACUGAGGUUGCAGUGUACCUCCGCGAGAGAGCCGUCAUCGAGGGUAAUCUCAUACCCAUUUGCUUUGAAAAGUCGAAAUGGGCGAUUGUCACCAUCCUCGCGAUAAUGAAAGCUGGCGGCACUAUCAUCCCUCUCGACCCUGGCGUGCCUUUGGUCCGACUGCAGGAGAUUACAAGUCUUAUCAACGCCAGAGUCGUCGUCUCAUCAAUGGCUCAGACAUACCUGUGCGACAGCCUCGCUGAAAAUGUCAUCGUCGUCGAUAACCGCUGCCUUGUGGAUUACUUGGACAAUACAGGUGGCUCGGUUCUGCCGUCGACCUCCCCCGAUCAAGCAGCAUAUAUCUUGUUCACGUCGGGGACAACCGGUACCCCGAAGGGGGUCAUUGUUUCGCACCGCUCUUACGCCAACUCAGCAUCGGGCCAAAUCAGCGCCUUCGAACUGACCGCUGCUUCCCGUGUUUUACAGAUGUCGUCUUAUGCGUUUGACUCGGCCAUGCUGGAGAUCCUGACAACCUUGAUCGCAGGAGCAACCGUCUGCGUAAUCUCCGAGUCAGAACUGAAUCAAAUGAUGGUCACGGGCAUCUGCCCCUUUCCCGUGUCUCAUGCAUUUUUAACACCUUCGCUUGCUAGUGGCCUCGAUGCUACGCAGUCAUCCUGGGUGGAAACCAUGGUUCUGGUUGGAGAGCCCAUGACUGAUUCACACAUCGAGCAAUGGAGCACUGCGUGUCGAUUAGUCAACGGAUAUGGUCCAACUGAAUGUGCCGUCUGCUCUACCGUCUCGCAAGAUCUUGUACCUGGCGACGAUCCUCGCAACAUUGGCUGGGGUGUAGCGAUCAACUGCUGGGUAGUCGACCAGCAUGACAGCAACAAGCUUGUGCCCGUUGGCGCUAUAGGGGAAUUGGUGCUCCAAGGGCCUUCGGUUGGGCAGGGGUAUCUUGGGCAGCCGGAGAGGACCGCGGAGGUAUUCAUCCCACCACCACAGUGGCUACAGACCUUUCACCCGGGGCAGCCUGCUACAGAGAGACUCUAUAAAACCGGCGACCUUGUACGCUACGAGAUAUCUGAUGGAUCUCUCCGUUUUGAACGACGAAAGGAUCGUCAGAUCCAAGUCAAUGGGCAACGUGUAGAGCUGCAAGAAGUGGAAUACCACAUUCGGCAGUUUUUCCCACGAGCCAAAGAAGUGGUUGUCGAAGAGGUUCGAGGGUCUAACCAAGAAGUAAAGGACUCUUGGACCACCACAAGCGCUACUUCCUUCGUGCCCCGCUUGGCUGCAUGUAUCUGGUGUGACGGGGAUGGUGAGGAUCGCAACUCGAGGAAGGCUAGUGUGGAUGCUGAACGCCCUCUCCUGGGGAGGCCCAGCCCGGACUUCCAUGCUCAAGGAGCAGCUGCCCUCAAUCAACUGCGCAAAAGACUCCCGGGGUACAUGAUCCCUGACAUCUGUGUGCCUCUCACUCGAAUCCCGCGAUCGACAUCCGGCAAGACUGAUCGGAAUAAAUUGCGCGAGCAUCUCAGAGCCGUCCCAUCGCACGAAUGGCGCGAAUUGGCGGAGGUUCAGCGGCGCAAACAGCCUGUGGAGGGUGAAAAGGCGAACAAGUUCCAUGGAAUCCUGGCCGGUUUGCUCGGCAUACCCGCCGAGAAGGUGGGCGCGGAUGACAGCUUCCUCCAUCUUGGAGGAGACUCGAUCCUGGCCAUGAGAAUCGCUGCUCGCGCGAGGAUGGAGGGCCUGGAGAUUCACUCCGGCGACAUCUUGCGGCAUCCAACCAUCCGCGAAUGGGCCGAUCUCGCACGUACCAUCGGAGGCCCCGUUUCUCAGCCUUCUUCUCACGCCCCUUACUCCCUGGUCACGGACACUGAACGCAGGGAGGUUCUGGAAACCUACCUCGACCAAGAUGGCGCAUUGACUCGAAACGAUGUAAUCGAUGUCCUUCCCACGGUUGAGUUCCAAGCUUACAACAUUGAGAACCCUACCGUGGUCCACAUUGCUCACAUUUUCAACGGCCCUCUCGAUCUGGCUCGGCUGGGCCGUGCGUGCACCCAGGUAGUCUCGCAGCACAGCAUCUUACGGUCGGCGUUUGUGACCCUUGCCGGCCAGAUCUAUCAAGUCAUACUCCGCUCGAUCCAGUCUGAGGUUCGUCACUUGGAAUGCGAAGAUGCUAAGUCAUGGAUCUCCCAGAUGCACGGGUCGAAGCCAGAACAGCAGCAUCUAGAUCAACCAUUCAUUGAGUUUACCGUGGUCAGCAGUCGGACUCAGGACGAAUGGGCAUUUAUGAUCCACAUGUCACAUGGCCAAUGUGAUGGGUCCUCCUUGCCUGUGCUUUGGCAGUCACUUGCGGACGCCUAUAAUGGCCAUGGGUCUCCCAAUAGCACCGAAUUCAAGGACGUGGUUUACCACCGGCUGGCAGAAGACCACACGCAAGCCUUCGCCUUCUGGCGGGCAUAUCUUGCCGGUGCUUCUUCCCCAGUCAUCGACUUCGCUCGCGAUUGUUGUUCGUCCCAGAAUUUUGAGCAGACUUCCGUCAGCCGACAACUUGGACAACAGACUCUGCCAGCUGGGGUUACAAUGGCAACACUGGUACAUGGCACUCUGGCAUUUAUCCUGGCCCAGUAUUCCGACCGCCCGGAUGCCAUCCUCACUCAAGUGGUCCACGGCCGCGGCGGUUCCCUCCCUGGCAUGGACCAAGUCAUUGGCCCCUGCGCAAACCACCUGCCCAUGCGGGUCCGAAUCGAUGUGCAGUGGUCUGUGGCCGAGCUUCUACACCAUGUGCAAGCCCAACGGCUCGAAAUCGCCCCUUACGACUACAUGGCAUUUGGGGAGAUCGCCGCGAAAUGCACAAACUGGCCAGCGCACACUACGUUUGGGUGCGUGGUGAAUCACCAAACUGUGGCCUCGACGAGUGGCGUAGAACUUGACGGUGUUCGCACGGUCUCCAAUACAUGCUGGACUACUGGAAAGAAGGCUCUUGCUCCCGGUCAGAUGGUCCUGACGUCGAUUGAGCGGGAGUCAGGACUGGAGAUUUCCCUCGCGGCUGCUCCAGAUGUGAUGGAUGCACCUACAGCAGAGCUCGUGGCCCAGGAUCUCAGCGAUGCCAUUCGGCUCUUUGUUGCAAAUCCGGAUCGCCGUCUCGUCGACCUGGCCGACGAGGGGUUCGUGCUCAUCAGCAAAUCGUCCUGUGGCUCCCCUGCAGCGCCUGGCACUCCCCCAAACUAGGGGAUGCACCAGGGCUUCUCUCGUCAAAUCUGUUGCGAGAAUUCAUUUCUCGUUGUUGGAAUGGCGUACCUUUGUAUUUCGAGGCUUGUAUCUAUGUUUCAUUUCUAGUUCUUGUUAUACUUGCUGGAAGAUUUUAUGCCUCUCCAGGGUUACAUAUUCAGAUUCCAUUACUGCAGCCCGACAGGAGGGACUGUUUAAUUGCCCCAGCAGAUAGAGCCAGUACAUAGGGUUUGAGGAGUUAAUAAAUCUGCUUGUCCCAAC